UCUACCCCCUAAAUGUCCUCGUAGUUGUAGAACCUAUAAGAGCUUCCACAUUUAUUUAAGCCAUCCAGUAGAGUCCUGAAGAGUACUGUAAGCAUUUGAUUGAAGCAAGGGUCAAGUUGUCUAUGGUCGCUGCGCUAUGAAGCCUGCCUCGGUAGCUCUUUUGUUUUUGUACAUUUUUGUUUACUGCGUUGGAAACGAGUAUUUCGUGGAGGCGGCAGUCGUGAACGGCUCGGAGCAGCUAGAUGGCGCUGGAAACGGCAACUCGACUUCGCUGGAUGUAUUGCCGUCGACGUUGCUGCCACGCCUCGUCACAGACGUCAAUGACGGUGGCCACCGCUUUGCCGAGGUCUUCCAAGACAACAGCAAUGGUACCAUCAACUGUAACCUCAUCGGCGACAAAACCAUAAUUCAACAAAUAUUGAGGUUGAUUCCGGCGGGGCUAGUCACAAGUGUAACAACAGCACAAAUGGACGAAGUUGUCGACAAGUGUCAAGACAAAGAACCGAUGAUGCAAGGCUCGUCCCUUUUAAGCACAUUAGGCGACGAUCUUCAAAGCCUUCUGAUAUUUCCAGGAACCAAGUGGUGCGGAGCCGGCAACGUGGCGAAAAAUUAUGACGAUUUGGGAAGUGCCAGCGCCACCGACACUUGCUGUCGGGACCAUGACCAUUCCGAAGAUAGCAUACCAGCCUUCGGAACGGAGCAUGGAAUAACGAACUACAUGAUCUACACCAUGACGAACUGCCCCGACGAUAAUAAGCUCUUCUAUUGCCUCCAAAAUGUAAGCAGCCCCACUUCUGUGGCCGUGGGAACGAUAUAUUUCGACAUCCUGAGGACACACUGCUUCGAGUACGGAUACCCUACAAUCUGCACGGAUUACAACUAUUUCCGCAUCCUGUUGUUGCAAGAUCCUUGCGAAGAAAGAAAGCCAGACACGACUAAGCCGAUGCAAUGGCAAGUCGUCGGCCCGAUGCCCUUCUUGGAAACCUUCAUUAAGAAUGGGGGAAAUGUAACCAAUUCUCCGCUGUCACGCUUAAGUAAUCGCUGACGCAGAGUAGCGAGGCACGCCAAGAAGGAAAAGAAAGAAAAGAGACAUUGAUCUGAUUUUGCGAAUAGUGAAAUGCACAAGUAAAUAAUCUGUCGCUCUUAUGUCUCGAUACACGCGCUUUUUUACUAAAUAAAUCAGAUUAGAA